UUAUAUAAACAGAUAGACGUACAAAAAAAUUAUUCCCAAUUCUCUGGUCCUUCUCCGAUGGCCCGAAUCCUGAUCCAAAGCCUUCUCCGCCGCUCCCCCCUCUUCCGGCCACGAUACCUGACUCACACCCACCGCUCCUUCUCCAGCAGCUCCGGCCGGCUGAUGGAGAUCGACCUUGAUGCCUCCUCCUCAUCUUCUUCUUCUUCGUCGUCGUCGUCUUCAUCGGGCGAGGGGGACGGGGAAUCCGAGUCCUUUUUGCUGAAGAAGCUGGACGACCUGAUCCACCGCAUCAUGGUCCAGAAGUCCACCCCGGACUGGCUGCCCUUCGUGCCGGGUUCGUCCUUCUGGGUGCCGCCGAGGCCCGGAACAUCCAAGGUGCUGGACCUGGUGGGCCGGCUGACCGACCCGCUCGGCCACGAGGAGUCCCUCUCGCUUACAACCUCCCGUGGCUGGCCCUGCUCUUCUUUCUUCCUCCACGGCAAUGAAUCUGAUAAUCCAUCAAAGGCAGAUUUGCGGGUGAAUGGGUCAGCUGAGGUGGAGGUGGAGGUAGAGGUGAAGGUUCUGAAAAUUUCAGAGGACACAUCGCAAUCUGAGGAUGAGGAAGGAUGAGGAGCAGAUCCCUUGGCGGAAUGGUCCGUGUGGCUCGCUAACCACUUUAGAUUGAGAGGAAGGAGAAGCUGGGCUGGUGGAAGGUUAACGAGUAAAUGAAAUGCUGUACAGAUGUAAUUAUGGUUGUUUUGGGGGUUAGGGAUUUGCUCUUACGCUUCUCUAAUUCCCAAACCCAUCCCCUGUCUACGUUAAGUCUUGACUUGCUCCUGUUUGCGGUUGGUUGAUAAGGAAUCAAUGUAUCUUGAAUAUGCUUGUUCUCAUCACAAGUCUUCUUCACGAUUUGUACUUUUAAUGGAGACUCUCCUUGCAUGUGUAACAUUCAGCUGGACCGUCGAAAAAAAACUACAGCACGUGCUGUCGUUUUUUUACAGCACCUAAGUCAAAUCCGUUUGUUAACUCUACA